UGACAGUCACAGCAAAGAAGACGUAGAUGCGCUCAUUCGCACACAUCACCACAAGGACACAUCACAGUCACACAGACGGAAAUCGAUAACAUUCUGUUGGCAUCCCUUCCUUAGUUAUUCAACAAUUUCGCUAACACGGCAAACAUCACAUCACCUCCCCUCGAGACUACAGAUUUCUUCAGCGCUAGUUACGAUCCGUAGCUAAUCGCCAACUUGCCCAAUCAAACGCAGAGGCGACCGGAGUUCUUCGCACGGAUCGGCCAUGGCGCCACCGCCACAAAAGGAAGGGGAGGUCGCGACGCCGGCCGCGCUGCGCGCCCCGGCGCACGUGAUCGCGCGGGUCUUCUCGCAGCUGGACUGCGUCGACCUCCUCAGCUGCUCCCUCGUCUGCAGGCAAUGGUACCGCGAUUCUGAGGAGCUACGGGAAGAGUGGAGAAAGGAGUACCUGGAGACCUGGAAUCUGCAGGGCCUCAGCUUCCAACGCCAGACGCAACCGCCAUGCCCGACUUGCUCGAUCAGAAGCCUGCGAACCUGGUGCCCUUGAUCUUGCUCAUUCCCCUGAUCCCCUCAUUCCUUCACCUGCCAUUUUAGCAGCGCACUCGAGCAUUAUUACCACAUAAGUGUAUUUGUACUGUAUAGCAUUAGUGCCAGUGCUAACUGCAGAAGACUGCUCUUUAUCAUGUACAUACCUAAUAAAUCGGUAUGUGUAAUUUUACAUGGUGAAUUUUCCUUUUUCUUA